AAUUAACUUGUACCAUUACCGAAUACCAAACAAAACCUACGCGCCCUAGCAACGUCUCCAAUCGACUCAUUUUAGUGCCCAUUUACAUUUCUCCUUUCUCUGUCAACUUCCAUGAUCAUCCCCGAAAGAUGCUCCGUAAAAACCAAAUCUUGAACCCCAUUUCCUGUUCCCAUCCUCAGAGAAACCUCAAUGCUAAUCUUCUAAAUCACUACAUCUUCGCUCUCUUCACCACAACCAACAGCAAGGCAUCAGCUUCCCCUGACUCAUCCUCCACAUCCGAGUCGCCCGACAUCCCAAGUUGGGUCACUAACCAAAACCCAGAGACCCAAACCUCAGAGGAUGACGAUUUUGUCAUCCCUUCACUUGCCAGUUGGAUUGAAAACCAACCCAAAGUUAAGCACUGGCCAACCAGAAAACCUGAAACCCAAGUGGACAAACUCACUAAGAUCCUUAAACAUCCCUACCCAUCGCAUGAAAAAGUUGUGGAAGCCUUAGACGGGUCCAGUUUAAGUGUUUCCAACGUUUCAGUUGAGCAACUAUUGAAGCGGUUUUAUCAUUGUUGGAUUUCAGCUUAUGGGGUUUUCAUUUGGGCGAAAAAACAAUCAGGUUAUACGCAUACUCCUGAGUUAUAUGAUUCCAUGGUUGAUAUAUUAGGGAAGGCUAAAAAGUUUGAUUUAGUGUUGGAUUUAGUUAACGAAAUGAAUCAGUUAAAAGGUUAUAUUCGUUUAAAUACAAUGGUUAAGGUUAUUAGGAGAUUAGCUAAGGCUGGUCGGUUUAGUGAAGCUAUUGAGGCUUUCAGAAGGUUAGAGGAAUAUGGGAUUGGCAAAGAUGUUGUGGCUUUGAAUGGAUUGUUGGAUGCAUUGGUCAAAGGGGAUGGUGUAGAACAUGCUUAUGAAGUUUUUGUUGAGUUAAAGGAAUGUAUACCUUUGAAUUCUAGUAGUUUUAAUAUUUUGAUACAUGGAUUUUGUAAGGCUAGGAGAUUAGAUGAUGCUAGGAAGAUUUUGAAUGAGAUGGAGGAAUACGGGUGUCAGCCUUGUGUUGUUUCAUAUACUAGUUUCAUUGAGGCUUAUUGUCAUGAAAAGGAUUUUCACAAUGUGGAUGCUGUUUUGGAUGAAAUGAAAGAGAAAGGGUGUAGGCCGAAUGUAGUGACCUAUACUAUUAUUAUGCAUGCUAGAGGGAAGGCAGGGAUUAUUGGUAAGGCGUUGGAGGUUUAUGAGAAGAUGAAAAAUGAUGGUUGUUUACCGGAUUCUUCAUUUUAUAGUUCGUUGAUUUUCAUUCUAAGCAAGUCAGGUAGGCUUAAGGACGCAGAUGAAAUCUUUGAGGACAUGAAAAAGCAAGGUGUUAGGCCGAACGUAUUGACAUAUAAUACAAUGAUUACUUCAGCUUGUGGGCAUUCACUUGAAGAGAAAGCAUUGAAGUUGCUUCAGAGGAUGGAAGAGGAUUCACGCAAGCCAGAUAUUUCAACUUAUGGGCCUUUACUUAAAAUGUGCUGCAGGAAGAAGAGGAUGAAGGUGCUCAACUUUCUGUUAAGCCACAUGUUAAACAACGAUGUCAGUAUUGAUCUUGCAACCUAUAGUCUAUUGGUUCAACGGCUUUGUAAUAGUGGAAAGCUGGAGCAAGCUUGUGCAUUCUUUGAAGAAAUGGUGCUGAAGGGGAUGAUUCCCAAGGAUUCCAUACGUAAGACACUGGUAGAGAAACUUGAGAAGGAGAAUAUGGCUAAAGCAAAAGAGCAAAUUCAGGAAUUGAUGUCAAAUGUGAAAGAGCCAGUAAAAACAGGCUUUCACAGAGAAUGAUUGUUAAGAUUCAGAAUAGACUCACCAGAUUGGGCUUUGUCAAUGUUUCUGCGUUUUGAUCAUGUAAGUAUUUGUCAUAUGUAUUGUUCAUUAGUCUUUGCCAGUAUUUAACACCAAUCCAUGCCAGUGUGUUAAUCUUGAUUAAGCCAGUGUGAAAUGGUACCUAGGUGAUGGAAGCUGUUAAUCUUUUGGAGCAGUUUUCUUAGACCAAUUUUUCUGCCUCUAAAAGCUGUUGUUGUACUAUUUUAUAAUUUGUCCUUUUCAAUCA